CGCCGCGCAUCCAGCUCCCGGCGCUUCUGGCGGCGGAUGCAGUCCGGAGCACGCUGCCGGGCGGGACGGCCCGGAUCCAUCAGGAGCGGCUGCGGGACACAGGGGCGAGGACCAGGCUGCCCCAGUGAUGCAGAGAGCAGGGGAAGGGACCAGUUUUAGCCUCAAGUGCAUCAAGGACAAGAAGGUCCCCAUUGGGGUCACUGUGGUCGUGGCCGCGCUGCUCCUGGCCAUCAUCGCGCUGGCGGUGAGGAAGUUCCCCUCCUGCCCCGCCUGCCCCGCGCCCGACCGUUCCAGCUGCCUGGAAAACGGGAUCGGAUACAGGCAGAAGUGCUUUUACUUCGUGGAGGACGAAGCGGAGUGGAACAGGAGCGAGAGCUUCUGCCUGUCCCUCGGAGCCCAUCUGGCCGCCGUCGACGCGUGGGAGGAGCUGCGGUUCCUCUUGCGCUACGGGGGCUCCCUGCACUACUGGAUCGGGCUCCGGAGGGAAGGAUCCGCACCCUGGACGUGGGUCAAUGGGUCUCUCUUCAACGACUCGUUCCAAGUCCGCGGGAGGGGACAAUGCGCCUUCGUCAACGGAGACGGGAUCAGCAGCGACUGGUGCUCCCUGAUGAAGUACUCCGUGUGCAGCCACCCCCAGGCUGGGAGCCGCAGCCAUCCCGAGGGCUGGAAUCUCACCUGAAAACCUGCGGCUGCUUUGGUGCUCUUG